AAAAAUUUAUGAAAGGAAAAUCUAAAGAUUAAUUAGCAGCAAAUAUGUAAUGAUUGUAUUUCUAUGAAAGAGAACACAUAGCAUAAAUGAAGUAGUAAAAUCAAACUUUACAAGAAGAUUUAUAAUAGGAUGGAAAAAAUAAUGAUUUUGAAAAAAUGAAUACAUUAUAAGAAGAAUGUGCCUAAUAUGCAAAAAAAAUAGAGGUUGAAAGCAAAAAAUAAGUAAAUAAAUAUAUAAUAAAAGAGAGAUUUAGAGUAAUUAAUUUAGAAUGCUGAAUAACAGUUGCAAGAUCACCGAAAAAAAAUGAGUAAUUCGGAUGGAAUUUAAUUACCAAGUUUAAUAAAGAAAUAAAAGACUUUAGAAAGGUAAAUGAAAAUAAUAAAUUUAGCUAAUUAGAGUAAAUUAAACUUAAACAUAAUGAAUCAUUAGCAGAGAUAAAUUAAUUAAUGGAGCAAAUAAAUACUGCAAGAAGGGAAAGGGUUAUUUAUAGUAAUGUUUUUAAAAAGCUUGAAAGUGAUAUAAGAGCAAAAGAGGAAGAAUUUAAAAAAUAAUUACUUAUUAGAAAAUAAAUAGAACAUGAAUUAAAUCAAUGUUAAGAAUAAUUUGAUAAGAUGAAAGAGUAAAUGAAUAUAUAAUUUAUUUAGAUAAGCUAAUUAAGUAGUAGAAUCAAAUAAAUAAGAAUAUACGUAAAUAUUAAAAACAAAUCGUUUAGAUGACACAGAAGAGUAAUCUCCUAAAAAUCAAUAGUAAUAAUAAUAGUAAUAACAAUAACAAAUAAAAUAAGAGAGUAAAUCUUAAUAAAUAAAAGAAUCAUAAUAGCCUAAAUAAUAAAUAUAAAUGUAGAAGGAUGUUGAGGAUGUUACAAAUUAUGAAUUAAUGUUUGAGAAAUUAAAAAAAGAAACAGGAUUGAAUUCGAUAGAAGAAAUAAUUCAUACUUUUAGAACAAUAGAAGAUACAAAUAAUGAAUUAUUUAAAAGAGCAAAUAUUUUGAGUGAUUAAAUUGAUUCUGAAGAAAAAUAAAUUGAAGAAUUAUAAAAAUAGAUUUCUUAAUAUACAAAAAAUUAAUAGAAGGAGGAUAAUGAAUUUGAAGAUGAAAAAUUUAAAUUUGCUCAAUAAUUAGAAAGAAGUGAGAAAUUAGAUAAAGAAAUUUAAUAGGCUGAGAAUGAAAUAAAAGAAUAUGAAAGAGAAUUAUUAGAAAUAGCUAAUAAAUUAUAAAUAAAAUAUGAUCCUAAUUCUGAGGUUACUUUGAUGUAAUUAGUAGAAUAAAGAGCAUACGAAUUGGUUGAUUUAUGUAGAUAUUACGAUAAUCAUAAUUAUACUAUUGAUUCUAAAAAAAAUGAUUAAGAAAGUACAGUUUCAAAUUAGGAUGAUUAAACUAUGAAAGAUUUAUUAGAUGGUGUUGAGAAUGAAAAAGAGGCUGAAAAGAUUAUGAGCAAAGAUGAUUUUAAAAAGAUUGGAUCAUAAGAAUUAUAAUAGUUUUAGAAAAAAAUUAUAAGUAAGAAAAAGAGAGAAUGA